AUGGCUCCUAUUUCGAUGGCUGACAUUGGUAUUCUCGAGGAAUGUGGCUGCAAGGCACUGCGAUUCGGAGAACUCGGAGUUGUUUCUUCGGAUUCCGACGAUUCGAUGCAUUCAGAAGAGGAUGAAGUCACUUUGACAGAGAGCGUUCGGAUUCCAGUAGAAAUGUAUCCUAGUUACAACUUCAUUGGACGGAUCAUCGGCCCACGUGGAAUGACUGCAAAGCAGCUUGAAAAAGACACUGGAUGUCGUAUCAUGGUCCGAGGCAACCACUCCAACAAAAUUUACGGAAACUCAUCACAAAAAAGUCAUGGAGAUGGAGUUCAAGACCCAAUUGACAUGCCACUCCGCGUCAUCAUCGAGACAAGCGGUCCGCGCCGUGAAGCAACGGCACGUAUCACUGGAGCCUUGAACGUCGUCAAUUCGCUUCUCAUCCCGCCACCAGAUGGUCGUGAUGAGCUCAAACGCCGACAACUUGUCGAACUCGCCAUCAUGAACGGCACCUAUCGGCCGACCUGCUCGAACCACAACUAA